AUGACCGGAGAGGAAGAGGAGGACCCUGAAGAGGUAGAUGCAGUGAUGGAAGCUGCUACGGCGGAGGGUAGACCUUCCUCGAAGCCGUCCCUACACCCUCCCCCUGGCCCUACGAGUGAUGAGUUGAUGGAGUCUCUUGGGUUGCAGGAUGAAGACUAUGGUCAGACUGCGGCAGUGGUAGAGGCCGCUGAUCCUCAUGCAUGCGCGCUGUUGGUGAGUGUAUCGGUUAUGGAGUGGUAUCUUGGGAGGAGAGGGGAUGGGCCACCUCUACCCCUGACUGAUGAGGAGAAGGAAGAGAUCGAUCUCCAACUUAGGACCUUCACUUUGGAUGUUCAGUCGGGGAGGCUCUCUUCAGAGGGGUACGCUGAGAGGGUGAAGGCUCGCAUUGAUGCAGAUGAGGCCCUCUUGGAGCAUCUGGACUCUAGUGACCGUAUCAUUGUCAAGAGACGGAUAGAUAUUGCUAUGGACGAGCUGAAGAGUAAGGAUGAAGAAGAGGAAGAGGACGAAGAGCGGUAUGAGGAACAUAGGACAGUAGUAUUGAGGAGAAUGAGGGCCUAUCAGAAAGCUGCUGGGGCAUUAGCUGCUGCUGGGCUCACACAGAGAGCAAGGUUGGACAAGGAAGGGGAUCUCCUCCAUUCAGCAGUCAACCUGAAAGAUAUCCUAGAUGGCGGAGCGAAGCAAUGUCGUAUUGCGAUAAAGGAGGGUCGGGUACCACCCUCACUCACUGAUGAGGUUAUAAUGGGUCAGUCAGAAGUGGAUCGGAGGGCUGUCCUCGACCAGCUCCAGCAUAGGCUACAAGAGGCUUCUAAGGGCCAUAAGGACCAUGCACUAUUCUGUCUAAGGCUCUCCCAGUCACCAGACUUGCUGGACCCCCCGCCCCAUGGACAAGUAUUGAGGCGUCUAGCUGGCAAACCAAAGCCAGGUGAAGCUGAAAUGAUGAUCAAGUUGAAGGAUGAGGCUGUGAAGCACAAUUCACUCCGUAAAGACGCCGAGAGGGAGAUUACCUGGCUUGAGGAGGCCAAGACUGACCGGUGGCAAUUCGUGCCAAAUGAGGGCUACCCGAUGCACUGUGAGGUCACCAUACUAGGCUUACCUAGUGCUGCUGACCCACACGUUUUUACCAUGGGAUUGUCGGAUGGGACUGCACUGGAGCACGACUUUGAUUUCUCCCACAUGCGACAGACUAGUAUAGAGAGAGCGUUUGGCAAGGCGAAGAUGACUAUGAAGGUGACCUCUUUGGAAUCUUCCUCGACCGACCUAAG